AUGGAGACAAGGGCGUCUUUCAUUACCACCAUGCAGGAGACCCAGCAUCUCUCCCCAGAGAAGGGUCAAAGCCCAGCUAAUGGCAACAUGGAGCAAUUUGAUUCAGAUGAGGGCUCCAGUAUUGAGAACACAGACUUCAACUGGGAUGAGUUCCUGGAGGAAACAGGAGCGAGUGCUGCCCCGCACACCUCCUUCAAACAUGUUGAAAUCAGCCUUCAAAGCAGCUUCCAGCCAGGGAUGAAAUUAGAAGUGGCCAACAAGAACAAUCCAGACACAUACUGGGUGGCUACGAUCAUUACAACGUGUGGACAGCUCUUACUGCUCCGUUACUGUGGCUAUGGAGAUGACCGCAGGGCAGAUUUCUGGUGUGAUGUGAUGACAGCAGAUCUUCACCCAGUUGGCUGGUGUACACAGAAUAACAAGGUCCUCAUGCCUCCAGAUGCUAUCAAGGAGAAAUACAUGGACUGGACAGAGUUUCUCAUACAUGAUUUGACUGGCGCCCGGACUGCACCUGCAAAUUUGCUGGAAGGUCCUCUGCGAGGAAAAAACCCUGUAGACCUCAUUACAGUUGAUUCCUUAAUAGAGCUGCAGGAUUCCCAGAAUCCCUUUCAGUACUGGAUAGUUAGUGUGGUUGAAAAUGUUGGAGGAAGAUUACGCCUUCGCUAUGUGGGAUUGGAGGAGACUGAAUCCUAUGACCAGUGGUUGUUUUACUUGGAUUGCAGACUUCGACCAGUCGGUUGGUGUCAAGAGAAUAAAUACAGAAUGGACCCACCUUCAGAUAUCUAUUCUCUGAAGACUAUAUCUGAGUGGAAAUGCGCUUUGGAAAAAUCUCUUAAUGAUGCAGCAAAUUUUCCUCUUCCAAUGGAAGUGUUCAAGGACCAUGCUGAUUUACGAAACCACUUCUUCACUGUGGGGAUGAAGCUGGAGGUGGUGAAUAUGAGGGAGCCGUUUCAUAUUUGUCCUGCAUCAGUGACCAAGGUUUUUAACAGUCAUUAUUUACAAGUGACCAUUGAUGACUUGAGACCUGAACCCAGCAAAAUCUCAAUGCUUUGCCAUGCAGAUUCCUUAGGGAUCUUGCCAAUACAGUGGUGCCUUAAAAACGGAGUCAAUCUCACACCUCCGAAGGGUUACUCUGGCCAGGACUUUGACUGGGCAGACUACCAGAAGCAGUGUGGAGCGGAGGCAGCGCCUCACAUGUGCUUUAGAAAUACAUCCUUCAGCCGUGGCUUUACUAAGAACAUGAAGCUGGAGGCUGUGAACCCCAGGAACCCUGCAGAGAUAUGUGUUGCUUCUAUCACCUCAGUUAAAGGACGGUUAAUGUGGCUUCACCUUGAAGGUUUACAGAUGCCUUCUCCAGAGUACAUAGUUGAUGUAGAGUCUAUGGACAUUUUCCCUGUUGGCUGGUGUGAAGCGAAUUCUUAUAACCUAACUCCACCACACAAAGCUGUUUUGCGAAGGAAGAGAAGGAUUGCAGUAGUGCAACCAGAAAAACAGUUACCAUCCACAGUGCCUGUUGAGAAAAUACCUCAUGACCUCUGCCCAGUUCCUCAGCCAGACACAACAGGCACCAUCAAUGGGAGAUACUGCUGCCCCCAGCUCUACAUCAACCACCGCUGCUUCUCAGGUCCAUAUUUAAACAAAGGCAGAAUAGCAGAGCUACCUCAGUCUGUCGGGCCUGGCAAGUGCGUGCUGGUCCUCAAAGAGGUUCUCAGCAUGGUGAUCAAUGCAGCUUACAAGCCAGGGAGCGUUUUACGAGAACUGCAGCUAGUGGAAGACCCUCAGUGGAAUUUCCAAGAGGAAACGCUUAAAGCAAAAUACAGAGGGAAGACCUACAGGGCAACUGUUAAGAUUGUGCGGACGUCGGAUCAGGUAGCAGAUUUCUGCAGAAGAGUCUGUGCAAAGUUAGAGUGCUGCCCCAACUUGUUCAGUCCUGUGCUGGUGGCUGAGGUCUGCCCAGAGAACUGCUCCAUUCAUACUAAAACCAAGUACACUUAUUAUUAUGGGAAGAGGAAAAAAAUCAUUAAGCCACCAAUUGGGGAAAAUAACAACAUGAAAAGUGGACAUGUCAAGCCAGCCAGACGCAGAAAAAGGCGGAAAUCGAUCUUUGUGCAGAAGAAAAGGAGGUCGUCAACUGUCGACUUGAAUGCUGCAGGCUCUGCAGAGGAGAGUGAAGAUGAUGAGCCAGAUGCAAUGGAGGAUGAGACAGCAAGCGAAGAGACCAGCUCAGAGCUCCGGGAUGACCAGACAGAUACCUCUUCUGCUGAGGUUCCCUCCACCAGGCCUCGGCGAGCAGUCACUUUGAGGAGCAGCACGGAGUCUGACAGACCUCCUCCCACAGACAGAGCCCGACGGAGCCGCAGGCCACAGCCCCACUCCUAUAGUGAGGUGGAGAAGUGUGAACAAGUCAAGGAAGAAAUUAAGCAAGAAGAGGAAGAGAAGCUCAUUCUGGACAGUAAUCCGCUGGAGUGGACUGUGACUGAUGUUGUGAGGUUUAUUAAGCUGACUGACUGUGCACCCCUUGCCAAAAUAUUUCAGGAGCAGGACAUUGAUGGCCAAGCCCUUCUACUGCUGACACUGCCCACAGUACAAGAGUGCAUGGAGCUGAAGCUUGGUCCAGCUAUCAAACUCUGUCACCAGAUCGAGCGAGUAAAAGUUGCUUUCUAUGCACAAUAUGCCAACUGA